GUCCUGGAGGAGCAGAGGGCCGUUGCGACCAACUCGUUGAGCGGCCUGGGGAUCCAUGACCUGGCGAGAAACUGUUAGCCAUGGCGAAGUCGACAAAGCAAGAUCGAUUAAGAGGGAAGCGAGGGUGCACGAACUGGGCAGCCAUUGGAGGUAGUGUAAAUUGGGGUCUCAUUGUAGCGGUAGGUCUCUGGAGGUGGAAGUCAAUGGUUAGUUUGGUUUCUGACCUCAAGUUACGUAUGGUGGGUGGUAUGAUGAGGAAGGAAGUGAACGUACUAGGCUCGUUUUCUUUACCCAUGGUGGAUGGUGGGGAAUAUUAUGGCUGAAGAAGAUACAGUAAUGACAGAGAAUGGGUAUAUAGUCCUAAUGGGA